AUGUCGGCCGAUGCCGCCCCCAUAACCUUCACGCGCUUCUCCAAAGCCCUCGAAGACCUUUCCGUCGAAUCCCUUUACGCCAAAUACUCCGAAAUCACCAACCAACUCACUCAUCUCGAAUCCAGUAACAAGCAGCUCGAAGAGUUUGCGCGCGAAAACGAUGAUCGCGACUGCUACGAGGCGCUGUUGGAGAACAAGCAGGUUAUGAAGAGGUUUGAGGACAGGAGAGAGGCGAUCAAGAACGAGGUGAAGGACGUUAGGGGCCUACCGUGGAGGCCAAGAGAAGAAGAGAAUGUCGAUGUUGCUGCGGUGAAUGGCAAUGCGAUUGCAACGACGAAUGGUACGGCAGCGGCAGAGCACAUGAACGGUGAUAGGGCGCCGCCUGAGGGAGACGAUGGCGUGUAUCUUUGA